AUGGGAAGAUGUAGAGAUAUUUCUGAAUUAUUCAAUGAGAGGUUCCAAGAUGACCAUGAUAAACAUGUUUCUGAACAUCAUUACUGGGAAAGUGAAUCAUACUCCAAGACUUACUUAAAAGAUCCAUACCGUGGUAAAAAAUUUAAAUAUUAUGACUCCAGCAGUGUUUUGAAAUUCUUUUUCUUUCACUGGGUGGCUAAAUGGGCAUUUCUUGUUUCCAAACAAUAUGUAGAGCCAUAUAAGUUACAUCCACUUCUUGUUGCUGACCAGGUCCUACAUUGGUAUCCAAUUUUUUCAAAGAACCUUAGUGAUGCACUACUUAGAUUGGAAUCUUAUGAAACUAGCCAAUAUGGACACCCAAAUACCAAACCAACUAGAUCUGUUCUCCUUCGUGCAUUGUUCUUGACAUUUUGGAAACGAACAUUAUUUGGUCUACUUGGCAUUGUGUUUACUAAUGUUCUUAGUAUGAGCAUUGCAAUACUUGUCAAACAUCUUUUGAAAAUUUUAAACACCAAGUCUUUUACACUCCUGAAAAUAUUUCUGUUUCUAUUUGCUAUAAUAGGUUUACAAAUUAUUGAUGGAUUAUUAAUCGAGAACUUCACUUUUUAUCUAAAUAGACUAAGGCUUAUAUGGGAGUAUUCAGUAGAAGUAGGUGUGUUUCAAUAUGGCUUAUCUCAUAGACGCAACUUCUAUAAUAAUGUAAACGGAUCCAACUUAUUGAACAUUUGUAACAGUGUUUUACACAGUUGUUCCCCUGAUUCCGAUUGUUCUAAAAAUCCAUUGUAUUGUCCUGCAAGACGAUACCAAAACAAAGAUAUUACUCCUAACAUAUUUACAUUUGAAUCAUAUGACUGUUAUUUUGUUUCUUUGUUUGUUGAAUCUUUAAUACCAAUUAUCGAUUUUUUGUCCAACUUUAUCUAUGGAAUUGUAUUAAUUUCGACUCAGAUUAAGAUCAAUGUAUGGUUGUUGUACGUACUUGGUGCCGUUUUCACAUUUUUGAUGGUUUUCGUUCAGAUCCUAAAUACCUAUUUAUUUCACUUCGUUUGUCUUGUCAAGGAUUAUAGGAUUUCAGAAUGUAUUGAAAUUAUAUCUGAUUUACCUUUGAUCAAAAAGUUACUUUAUGAUGAUAUUGCCAUUAACAUUAUUACUGAGACUAGAAAUAGUGAGUUACUAUUAAUUUUGGUUAGAAUAUUCUUAACAGCUUUCAAUAAAUCAUUGUGUGUUAUAUGCAACAAUGUGACGUUUUUUGUCUUGAUGAGUUAUUUUGUAAAAUCAGUUAGGGAUGCAGAGCUUAUUAAAGAUGUUGAUACUGCUGGUUUCUUGUCAUCAUUUUACAUAUAUUUCAGGAUUAUCAAUUCAAUGUUCAUGUUACCUUCUGCACUUGGGAAAUUAGCUACUUCAUAUGUAUCUUAUAACAGAGUUAAUAAAUAUCUUAUCGAAUGUUCUCCUAACUUUUACAUUAGUGAUAACAAAUUCACAGGUUCUACAAAGAUGUCCAGCGAAGUUCCAGAUGUAACUAAUGAGAUUGACAAGGAUGUAGUAGUUUUAUAUAAGGAUGCCUCUUUCUCAUGGGUUAAUAACAGGAAGGAUUUUGCCAAUAAUAAUAAUGAGGUUUAUUUGAAGAAUGUUAACUUCCAGCUUAAGAGGGGUGAAAUUGCAAUAAUUACAGGUUCUCAAGGUUGUGGCAAAUCUAAUUUCAUCAAAUCAGCUCUGGGUGAAAUGACACUGGUCGAUGGUUGUAUGGCUGUGGUUCCCCUCCAUACAUCAAUGCCUAUAUUUUAUGCCUCUGAAUAUAUAUGGCUCAAAGAAGGAACUAUUAGAUCAAACAUAACAUUUGGACAUAGAUUUGAUGAGGAAAUUUAUAACUCGGUUCUAAAAGCCAUUGAACUGGAAUCUGAUAUAUUAUCUUGGGAGAAAGGUGACUUUAGGGUUGUUUCAGAUAAUGCUCAUUCACUCAGUUGUGGCCAGAGAGUUAGGAUGGAGAUGGCCAGAGCCAUUUAUGCCUAUCUCAUAUUUAGCAAAGUUAACAAGGAUUAUAAUAGUCAAUGUUCAUUCUUGAUGUGCCUUGAUUCACAAUUCCAUGGAUUAGAUCCUUACGUAUCUAGACUUAUUUUCAACAAUUUGUUCAAUUCUAAGACUGGAUUGCUUGUUAAGGAUGAUUUAGCUGUUAUCCUUUCAUCAUCAAUAACUUUGCUUAAUAAGUGUAUUAGAACUUCCGACCUGGUUGAAUAUCACAAAAUUCCCAUAUACCAGAUUGAGAAUAAAUCACUCCUGUUUUACUGUUAUUUGUCAGAUUUUUUUAGGGACAAAAAAACACAAACCGGUUUUGAAUAUAUCACAUCACCAUCAGGUCCUUAUAAGCUAAAUUUCUUCACUAAGGAUUUGCUAAAACUAUGUUAUUCAAGAUCUAACACCAGACUUGGAAGACGUUUUGUUACAAAGUCCAAAUAUGAACGAUCAUUAAACUCCAUUAUUGAAGAAAAUCAUUCUAAAGAUAAAAUUAAUCCAUACCUACUAUAUUUCAAAGCAGCUGGCUUUGCCUUUAUUUUGUUCAUAAUCUUUUCUGUUGCAUCAAGUAUUAUGGACAAUUCCAAAUUUGUUCUUGCAACUGAUCUUACAGAUUAUAUAUCCAAUAAAACCAAAGACUUCAAUAAUGAUCUCUCAGUUGACAUGUCAGAAAUUAAAUCACACAGCGAUUCUGCCCUCAAAGUAAUGUUGAUUAUUGUAUCAGUUAUUAUGUCAUUUUCGUUAAUAUCAAUAUUAUUAUUUACUGUAUCUUGUCUAGUGGCAUCAAGAAGAAUUCACGAAUAUUGUCUCAACUCAGUGUUUAAGAAUAGUUCAUCAGUAAUCAAAAUCAAGAAACAAAUUAACCAAAUCAUAACUUAUUUUUCAUCAGAUAUUAUUUUUAUUGAUCAAUAUAUUGGAUAUAGUAUUUAUAUUGCAUUUCUAUCAUUCAUACAGACUGCUAUUUCCAUUGGAACACUAUUCUAUACAAUUCCCUUAUCAAUUCCAUUUAUUACUAUAUCAUUGUUAUUGGCCUUUGAAUUUGUGGCAUUGAAGAUUAUUAAGUUAUUUAAGAACAUUCAACUGGGAUCACUAGAAACUAUGUCACAAAUUAACAUAGCCUCUGAGGAUGCUAUACUGGGAUCACCAAUUUACAGAAGUUUUAAAAAGGAAUGGGAAUUGAUUAAUCAUGUUGUUGAAAGAAGUGAUUAUAAAACAAGAUGUUGGUUUUUGGUUAAGGGAGUGAAUUCUUGGAUUAUCAUUUCGUUAAAUUGGUUAUUCUCUCUUACAACCGCUCUAUUCCUCACAGCUCUAAUCAUAUUUGAUAAAUUUACAAGCUACAAAAUGAAUGUUGGUUACUUUGGAUUAGGUCUUUCACUGAGUAGCAGUGUUAUCAAAUCUUCCAGCGAUUGUUAUUUUUGUUUCGCUAGGUUACAAGUUUAUUCAUGUUCAGUUAGAAGAUUCCAGUGCUUUAUUCCACCUGGCACUAAGUGUGUAUUUGAUAAGUUCCGUAAUGUUCAUGAAGAGGAUAUAGUUAUUAAUUCUAGCAAACUAAAUUUGAAGAUGAAUAAGAAGAUGCUACUGAAGAGAAGAGCACUUGAGUUCAAAGAUACUAAACCCAAUUUAAUAAAGAGGAUGAUGUUUAGGCCAAAAAUUAACUUCACUGACAUUUGCAAAUAUCUUCCAUCUGAACAUAGUGGUGUAGUAUUCAAGCAUCUUUGUGUGUAUACAUCAUCCGAGAUGAAUGAGGAAGGUCUUAUCCUCAAUAAUAUAAAUGCGUCACCAUCUAGGUCUGAUAUUAUUGGUAUCAUUGGCAGAACUGGAGCUGGUAAGACAACUCUAUUAUCUGUUCUACAAAAUACCGUAAGGUAUAGAACUGGUCAAGUAUUGCUGGAUGGCAGAGAUUUACAUGAUAUUCCCAAGAGUGUCAUUAGGCACAUUAUUGGUGUUCUACCUCAGCUUCCAUUUGUUUUCAAAGGUUGGACCAUCAGAAGGUUCUUGGAUCCAAGGAGACUAUUUAGUGAUGAUGAAAUUAAUGACGCCCUGGAUAACUGUGAUCUCCUUGACUUUGUUAAUAACCUUCAUGGUGGAAGAAAAUUAGAUACUAUAAUUGCUCCUAAACCCCUAAAAUUAAAGAAGACCAAAGACCAAUCAGCAAAAGACUCCUUUACUCAUGAUGAAGCAUUAUCUGAAGAAAGUUCAAUGACGUUAGAUGACCUUAGCUCAGUAGGUACUAUGUUAUCCGUAAGCCAGCUAAGAACACUUUGGUUUGCCAAACUAGUAUUAUACAGACAUCAGUAUAGGAUGUUAAUCAUUGAUGAACCUCCAUCUGAUAAUUGUUCAGAACAUGGAUUUGAGGUUCAAGAUAUUGGAAUACCCAUUUACGAAUUAUUGGACAAAUAUUUCAAACAUUGUACUUGUUUUGUUACAGCACAUUAUGCCAAAGUCCUUAAAUCUUGUACAUCAGUUUGGGUAAUGCAUAAUGGUAAACUUAUAAAAACAUGUAAGGCCUCAGAAGUAUCCAAAAAUGAAUCGAUAUCAAACAUCAUAGAGGAGAUGGUCAAUAAAUAUUCAAACUAA